UCUGAACAUAAUGUACAUUUUCCUUUUAUUAUUCAUUUAGUUAUACGAAGAGAGUAAAAUGUCUAAAUUUCAAAAGGAACAACAAUCUCAUGUUGAAUUUCUUAAAAAGCAAAAGGAAGAAUUUUUGGCCAGUGUAAAAGAAAAAGCAGUCCCUGAUUCAAAAGUAAACACUACCCACAAGUUGCCUUUUGCAAAUGAUGGCAGCUUCUUGGAGAGAUUCAAAGCAAUGCAGCAAGAAAUGCAGGCAACAUCGUCAUCACCUGAGGCAAAAACUAAAAUUGCAAUCAAGCCGUCAAAACCAACAAAACCAAACCCUAAAUUAAAGAAACCAGCCUCGAUAUUCUCUACAGAUAACGAGGAAGUGAGUGAAAAUGCAGAUAGCGAUUAUGACAUAGCAAGAAAACUGGCAGAGAGGGUUGCUCAUGAAGGCUUCCAAGCAGAAGCAGAAGCACGUUUGAGUAACAAAAACGAUACUCGAUACAGAUUUUUAUUUGAUACAUCCGAUCGUGUUGCCAAAUUUUACCAGGAAGAGAUUAGAAGACACAAAUCUAAUGCUGGCAAGAAAAGACGAUGGGAUGAAGAUUCAACUUCUGCUGCUUCUUCAUCUUUUGAACAAAAACCUUUAGCUGAAGCUUUAUCGGCACCAGGUGAUUUUGCCUCAGAAUUUGAAAAAGCAAAAGCAUUGGUACGUGCCAAAGCGGCUGCAUUGCUUAGUGGAGGUGCAGCUGUUGCUAGUGAAGAAGAAAAGAAACGACAGAAAGAUAUUGAAGAACAACGAAUGAUGCAAAACAUUUACAGAAAAGUUAUUGAACAGCAGAUGGCAGAUGCUCAAGCAUCAAGUAAAAAGAAGAAGAAAAAGACAGACAAGCCAAAAUAUGAAUAUGACUCCGACGAAGAUGUGGAAGGUGGAACAUGGGAGCACAAAAAAAGAAUUGCCGAAAUGCAAAAAACACAAGAAUGGGCAAUGGAUCUUACGUCUAACGCCAAAGGAAAACAUCACCUCGCAGAUUUCUUGCCGCCUGAAGAGUUGGAGAAGUUCAUGGAACAAGUGAAAGCAGUGAAAGAAGGCCGCGAAGCAGACUUCUCCGAUUAUUCUAAAUACCGUAUUCAAGACGACAAUAUUGGUUAUAAAAUGCUGAAAAAAGCUGGUUGGGAGGAAGGAUCUGGUUUGGGGUCCAAGGGAGAAGGAAUCACACAGCCUGUCAAUAAAGGGAAAACUUCGUUUCAUCAGGCCGGUGUUGGGGCAGAAAAAGUAUCAGAGGUGAAAAAGGAAGACAACGAGUUCGAAUUAUACAGAAAGCGAAUGAUGCUGUCUUAUAAAUUCCGCCCAAAUCCGCUGAAUAAUCCUCGGCGACCGUAUUAUUAGCAUCAACUCAACAUUGAAAUUUAUUUAUCUAGUAUGGUGGACGGUUCACGUCUCCUGUCCGCUUUAUUUGUACAUAGUCAUUAAAAAGAUGUGAUGAAAUAAUG